ACUAAUUGUAUAGGUGCAACACCAAUGAUAUUGGAUCCAAACAGCACAACUCCCAAUAGUGUUCUGCAGCUGCCAGAGGUGUCAUGGCAGCAGCCUUCCGGUAGAGAAGCCUUGCUGCGGAAGCUGAGGCAAUGUCGACGAGGAAUUUGAUUGAAAUUUGAAAACCUUCCCACCCAUGGAAAAGAAUGACACAGUUAGAAGAACUGCAGAAAAUUUGUGGAUCAAAUACAAAGCCUGCCAUGGGAAAUGAUCAUAGUAGUUGCAGGACUCAAGGAGCAGCCCUACAAAAUCAAAUAGACAGGCUUCAGAGGUUAGUUAAUGAAAGAUCUCAGCAGAUCAAUACCUUGGAGUCCAUGCUGGGAAAUGUUAGGCAACAGUUAGCUCUCUCUAAUGAUAAGGUUCGCCAGUUGGAAGCCGAGUUAAGCAAGGCGAAGCUGACCGCUGCAAAUGGAACAAAGAAAGUAGAAGAACUUGAACAAGAAACAAGAAGACUAAGGAGAGAACUGGAGAGUGAAAAGGCGAAUGGAAAGCAACUGAGCGAUCAGCUGCUUUCAACUGCUACUUUGUUGUUGGGGCUACAAGCGGAAAUAAGACAACUUUCUAAUGAUGCUGUAACAAGAGAAAAAGAACUACAAGAAGCAACUAAAAAGCUUCAGGAAUUGGACAGGGAAAACUGUUUGCUCGUCGAAACCUUGAGGUCCAAGCUGGAUGGUACUAAACAAAUGUUAGAUGCUUCGAAUGAUAAGGUUCGCCAGUUGGAAACGCAAAUACAUGAAGAGAAACUAACCAUAGAAAAUGGAAUGAAGAAAAUAGAAGAACUUGAAGAUGAAGCAAGAAUAUUAAGGGAAGAGCUUGAGAGCGAAAAGGCAGUGCGAGAAGAAGUAUGGAAUAAAGCUUCUGUUCUUGAGCUUGAGAAAGGUGAGACAAUGAGAGAUCUUGAUUCUGAGAGGCAGAGGUUAAGAGGAGUCAAGGAAAGACUUAUGCUUCACAAAACACAACUACAAGCCCUUGAUUCCACUACUGAGUUGAUACAAAUGUUAUUUACUAAUCAACUAAAGACUAUGCAGAGUACUCUUGAAGAUAAAGAGAACUUUGAGAGUACUUUUGUAGAUACAGAUGGAGAAAUAUCAUGCAAAGAAAAAGAAGUUGAUAAUGUUGGCGCGGAAGCUAUGGUGGAGGGAAAUGGCAGAGGUACUGAGCAGGGUCUUGAGAUUGAGUGUCGUGCAAGUCAUGACAAAGAGAAUAUUGAUUUGGAGAAAAUAUCUUCUCAGGACUGUGAUAAUAGGCAGUUUGAUGAUGAAAUUGAGUAUGCUCAAACACCUGAUUAUGAAGCCUUACCUCACUUGCCAUCUUAUAGCAUCGAAAAAAUUGUUGAGGAUAGCGAAUGUGGACGCAAAAUCAGAACGGCUGAUCUUUUAUUUUCUCAAGGUUGUGGCUGCGCAUUGAAUGAUUCGAAUGUUUUGGAGAUUGAGAGUCAGAGAAAUCCUUCUAGUGUUGCUGCCGGCGGAGGCAAUGAACGGCAAGUAUUGUUGCUUCUCAAUUGAGGGGGUAAUUUGGAAUGUCU